AUGAGGAGGGAGCAGGCAGCAACAUGCAGGCGCACGGCUGGGAUAUGUAUUGAACCCAUCUCAAGCAUCUCAUAUGUGGGAGCCAAAACCACUGGCCGCAGGAAUGUCACGACAGACGCAUCGCAUUCUGCUGGAGGUGCAGAAAAACCGGCGUAUGGAAUGAAGAAUGCUGCGCACAAGCGGGAAACGACGAGCGACCCCAUCGACCUAGGGGCGCCCUGGAAUCGCAAGGCGGAAGAGAUGCAGCUGUCCACCACAGUGCUUAUAAACAAAUGGAAAGUGAAGGCCACGGUGGACACCGUGGCCACGGCAAGUUUUAUAAGCGAAGAGCGGACAGGUUUCAGGCCGCCGGGUGAUAGACGCCCUAGUGCUGGGAUGGGAUUUCCUCACGAAGAUUGGGGCGGAGAUGAAAUGCGCAGGGCUCAAAGUGGCAAUACCAGCAAGAUGCCGCAGGACGACCAGCCUGUGAAGAUGCGGUACUACCCAAAGAACCCUAAAAUGCAAGGGGAAAUUAACGAAAAGGUAAACGAGCUGCUGCAGAAAGAAUGCAUCGAGCCGUCUAGAAGCCCGUAUAGCUCCCCAAUCGUCAUGGUAAAGAAAUGGAGGCUGUGCGUAGAUUUCCGGCAGAUGAACGCGAAGUCGAUAAAGGAUUCGUACCCAAUGCCUAUGAUCAAUUACAUUCUAAACCUGUUAAGAGAGGCAAAUUAUAUUAGUAGCCCGGAUCUCAAGGAUGGAUACUGGCAUAUACCGUUGGAAAAGAAGAGCAGGAAUUAA